AUGAAGAACCGAAACGAUUUUGUGUUUGAUUUCCAAGCUAAGUCUAGCACGGAUUUAAAGAGGAAGAUAAAAAUCAAGGUUGAAAAUGAAAAGGCUUUAAAAGUCAACCCAACAAAUCAAGGAAGCAAUCCUAUAAACACCAAUGUUGGAAACAUUCAAAAGCUGGACCAUCGAAAGAAAUUGAAAGUAGAAGUCUCUAAGAAAAUGGUUGAGCCAAGCAAAGUGUUUGUACCGAAUAGUAACAUUAGAAGCCAAUCGGAAGUAGAAAUUUCUAAUAAAGUUGCCCAGCCGAGCAAAGUGCAUGUUCUCAAUAGUAAUAAGAGGCAAAUGGAAGUAGAGGCUACAAAGAAAAUUAUUGAGCCAAGAAAAGUGCUUGCUCUGAAUAAUAAUACUAAAAAGAAAUUGAAUUCAACGGUGGAUCAACAAGUUAAAGGUUCAAUAGAAUCACAAGUCUCAAAGAACACCAGUGAUCAAACCAAAAAGAUUUUGCAAAGUCUUAACAAUACUAUGAACAAGUCUCAACAACCCUUUGAGAAGAAAAAAAGUCUUCUAAAGUGUCCAACCAUGCCCCUUACCGAAUGUCUCGAUAAAAAUAAGGAAAAAGUUGGAGUUGAGGAAUUCGACGAUGAAGAUACAGAAGAAAAUGAAAUGGAAGAAUAUAUGGAGAAUGAUAGCAUCCAUAAUGUUAAGGAAGUUGAGGGAACAGAUGUAAACAAAGCUGAAGGUAAUACCUUAGGUACUUCAUCCUCAAGAUUAACAAAAAAGCGGGGAAAGACGUUAUGUCGAAAAAUUCAUGGACGACAAUUCAAAGAUAGACAAGAGAUCACCUUGAAUGAAGAAGGACAACCAAUUGGGCCAGAUGAAAAGACAGUUUCUGAACUCAAUAGUUUUUUGGGGACACUAGGAAGAAGUUCAGAUUUAUGUCCUCUCACUUUCACUAGUUGGAUUGAUUUGGUCAAGCAUUGGGAGGAACACAAUUUGGAUCCCGUGUGGGAUUAUGUAAAUGAAAAAUACAAUAUCCCAAAGGAAGGAAAGAAGGCUGUAUUUGCUAUUACAAAUGAUGCUUGGAGACAAUACAAAUGCUCGCUUAAAAGGAAGCAUUUUAGCAAGUAUAAAACCUUGCGCGAGCAGCUAAAAAAUCGUCCACAAGAGGUACCAGAAGAAGAUUUUAGAAAGUUAUUGGAGUAUUGGAGAGAUGACAAAACUCUAGUAAGUAUGUAG